CAUUCCGACCCGGUCUUGGCGUCGGGGACAGUCAGCACCACGGACGCGGAAUACCAAAGGAAGACAGAGUUCGCCGGAACCCCUAGCUGCCUGUUCUCGUAGGCAGCGUCGGCCCAUCACACCGCGCUCCUCCGGCUUUGGAGAAGACCCCCUACCUCUCUCAAACUCGAGGUUUCAAUACUGCGUCUUCUUGAAGAACGACCCCGAAAGUCAGAAAAGUGUUACAUGUAGACAUAUGUGGCCCCCUUGCCCGGAUGUUUGACCUACAGCAGGAGCCAGCUACCUUCAGGUUGGACGUGGAUGGACCCAGCCUGGGAUGGAUCCCAGGGAUCUCGACCAGGCACAGCUAGUAUCCGGGUACGGGAGCUGAGCUGGCAGGGCCUAAACAAUCCCCACCCACAAAACAAGAGACUGGGCAGCCAUGGGGAUAUCCAUAGGGAUCGGCGGGUGGAGGAGCACCUAUCCCCUGCUCGAUUGCAGGCCCUGGCCCAGGUAGAUGACCUCCAACUGGUGAGGGUGCUGGAGAUGUGUGUGGACACCCGUAAGAACAGCCUGGGAAACUUCGGAUUGCACCUCCCUAACCUGAUCCAACUGAAGCUGAACCACAGCUGCCUGGGCUCCCUCAGAGACCUGGGCACUUCUCUGGGCCACCUGCAGGUGCUGUGGCUGGCUCGCUGUGGCCUGACUGACUUGGAUGGCAUUGGCUCCUUCUUGGCACUGAAGGAACUUUAUGUCUCUUACAACAACAUCUCGGACCUGAGCCCACUGUGCCUGCUCGAGCAACUGGAGGUGCUGGACCUUGAGGGCAACAAUGUGGAGGACCUGGGGCAGAUGCGGUACCUGCAGCUGUGCCCACGCUUAGCCACACUCACACUGGAGGGCAAUCUGGUGUGCUUGAAGCCAGACCCUGGCCCUUCCAACAAGGCACCCCAGGACUACAACUACAGAGCAGAGGUAAAGAAACUCAUCCCUCAGCUCCACAUCCUAGAUGAGGUACCCACCACAUGCACCGACUUGCCUGCUCCCCAGAAGCUGAGCCAGGACUGGCUGAUGGUGAAGGAAGCCAUCAAGGAAGGCAGCGUGCUUGACAUUCUCCUCCCUCGGCUGGAUUGCCCCCACGGAGCCACCAUUCGGAAACUUGACCCAACCUUGCCUGUGCCUGAGACUCAGCCAUGGGCCUUGUCCCUGCUGGUCCCUGGGGGCCCCUUGCCUGAAGGUUUGCUUUCUGAGAACCCAGCCACAGAAGACCAUGCCAGCAACCUCACCCAUGGUCCGGGUCAAGUUCUCUGUGGGAACCCCACCAAAGGCCUUCGGGAACGAAGAAACCAGUACCAGGAAUGGGCACCCCUGGAACAGCUGCCCCCACAUAGGCCAGAUCUGGCCAUCAGGCCCUCCACCCCAAGGCCUGACCCUGCAGAAAGCUGUGACCUGGCCAUGACUGGGCUUCGGGCCUGGAGGGAGCCUGGCCUGCGUCCUCUUCUCCAAAGACAGCUGGAGUUCCAGCAGGAAAGACCUGCUCAGGUCCAAGCCCAGGACUCACAGAAGGCUCCUGUAGAACAGGAAGACCAGACUGGACCCAAAACUUCCCUAACCCCACCACGCCUGGCCUCAGAACUUUCCAGGACAUCAGGCUUUCAUUUGAUCCCUUCUCCCCCAAAGUACCCAAUGCCACCUGAGUCAGGCAUCAGCUCCUUGGGGAGAUCUGCAGACCUGCCCUUCAGAGGACGUAGGCUUAGAGUCCUGGGCAGCUUGGGGCCUAGCCUGGGUGAGGGGUCUGUCCUGGGUGAGAGAUUGGCUGCAGUGACUGCCUUGAGAACCCUGGAGGUAUCCUCAGGCCCCAGCCAUCGAACCCAGGGGUGUCCAGACCCAAAGCCAGCACUAGGUCCAGCAGCUUGCCCUUCAGGGCUCCACUGCCUUCAUCACCUGAACCCUAUCCCUCCAGCCCAUUCUCUCCCUUAGUAUAACCCUCCCUGGCUGACAUCUCUUGGCCUAGGUGGGGCCAUAGUGAAGUGGGUGGAGCUGGGGCUGGACUCUUUAGAUAUCCCAGGACUCUGGGUCAUCUAUAUGGCCCAAAUUCUGAGCCUGCUUAUCCUAGGGCUCAAAAUGGCACAACCAUCCUGGGAAGAUUCGCAGGUUUCCUUAUGUGGGGCAGUUCCUUUCUCUUGGGAUACCAUAUACCCUCUGUAAAAGCCAAGCGAAUCAUUUUCAACUCUCAGGUAUGCAGAAAUGUGCUUUACUUUGUAAGCAAUGGUUGGUUCAAUAAAUUAUGAAGCUGGCACUGCC